AUGAUGGGACCUCCCGACACGCGAAGAUGGGAUAGGCGGCGCGAGUAUCACAAAGAUCAUGGCCAUGAUACUAAGAGUUUUUAUGCCUUGAAGGAUCACCUGGAGGAAUUAGUACAGGAUGGUCGGCUACAGCAGCACGUCCGAAAAGGCAGCUCAACGAAAGCAAUAGCCUUAAAACAGGAUUCCCCUCCACUCGGCGUGAUCCACAUGAUAUACAGCCUGCCAAUUUCAUCCGCGGUGCAUACCAUUCAGUCAAAUCCCGACCCUCAAAAUCAACUCACUCCAGCUGGGAGCAUUACUUUUGAUGAUUCAGAUUUGGCCAGAGUAACAUUGCCCCACACUGAUCCCUUGGUAAUUGAGUUACGUGUAAACCGGUUCACUGUUGAGCGCGUACUCAUUGACCCAGGGAGCAUAUCGGAAGUCAUGUAUUACAAGACAUUCAUCAACCUCGGCUUCUCUGAAUCGAACCUUUCCCUAGCUCCUUACCCUCUAUUCGGCUUCAACACCAAUCCAUAA